AUGAGGAAGCCCGAUGGGAAGAUCGUGCUUCUGGGGGACAUGAACGUGGGCAAGACGUCGCUGCUGCAGAGGUACAUGGAGCGGCGCUUCCCGGACACUGUCAGCACGGUGGGCGGCGCUUUCUACCUAAAGCAGUGGCGCUCCUACAACAUCUCCAUCUGGGACACCGCAGGGCGAGAGCAGUUCCACGGCCUGGGGUCCAUGUACUGCCGGGGUGCGGCCGCGGUCAUCCUCACGUACGACGUGAACCACCCACAGAGCCUGCUGGAGCUGGAGGACAGGUUCCUGGGACUUACAGACACGGCCAGCACGGACUGCCUCUUCGCCAUCGUGGGGAACAAGGUGGACCUCGUUGAGGCUGGGGCCGCAGAGAGCCAGGAGAGGGAAGGGCAUGGCCCCGGGACGGCGGGUGGCGGUGGAUUGCCCAAAGUGCCCAAGCCGGUGCAGCCAGAGGACGCGGCGGCACUUUACAACAAGAUCCUCAAGUACAAGAUGCUGGACGAGAAGGAUGUGCCGGCCGCUGAGCAGAUGUGCUUCGAGACCAGCGCAAAGACCGGGUACAACGUGGACCUGCUGUUUGAGACCUUGUUCGACAUGGUGGUGCCCGUGAUCCUGCGGCAGAGAGCCCAGGGGCCGCCGCAGACCGUGGACAUCGGCAGCUGUAAGACGCCCAGACGGACCAGAUCUGGGUGCUGUGCCUGA